AUGGAUUUGGUUAUUCUACCGGGAUUUUCUCAGUCUACUAUAACUUCAUCUAUACACAGUCUAUAUCCUUAUCAACAUGAUCUUAAUGAUAAAUUGAACAAAUAUGCUUCUCGAUUAAAUUCAAGAAUAUUAGAAACGCUUACAUUGAAGAUUAAACAAUUAGAUAAGAAAAUUGACUUGAAUUUAAAGGAUACAUAUAUAUUCUAUGAAAAUCAAUUUAUAGAAGAACAACGUAUUCUUAGACAACAUGAAGAAGAGCAAGAAUAUCAUAGAUUUAAUUUAUCAGGUAAACAAUUGACUACUGAAGAAAAAGAAGAACAUGAAAGACAAGAAGAGAUUUUAAUGGAAAAUAAAAGAUUAGCUGAAACAUUUGAUGAACAUGUUAAUAUACGGAAAAAAUUAAGAGCUGAAGAAAUAUUAGCUAAAUAUAAAAUUGAUCCAUUGAAAACAGAAGACAAAGAUUUAGUUUCUCUGCCUGAAGUCGAUGAGGUUGAACAAGUCAUGGACACUAUCAACUCAGAUGAGUUUGAAGUAGUCGAACUGUCGGAACAGGAGGAAGAACCAGAAGAAGAAGAUUUACACGGAGAAACUACAACAUACUGCAGCGUACAUUCAAGAAUUCUACCAGUACAUGAUUUAAUCCGUGAAAGCGUAGGCCUAGAAAGAAAUUCAAAGAUUACACAUGCAUUUGUUUGGUCAUAUUUUGAGUUAUUAAGAAAAAUGAGAACAAAACUUCUGUCACCAGUUCACUCAAGUCAAGAAGGUGAGGACAGAACAAACUCAUCGUUUAAUAUAACAGUUUAA